GAUAACCCCAACCACCUGUUAACGCCACUACUGUCUCUUAAGCUUCCUUCCAUUAAGGCCUGACUAUUGGAGACUAUGAAUAACACUCUGAGCAGGAGAUAGCAUGAGAGUACUUGCUAUCGCCGCGUUUAUGGUCAUGACAUAUACUUCUGUCCAACUUGAACCUUCCUAUAUAUUCUCAUCUGUUUUCCAUGGCGCCCCAGACUCGAUCAUCUUGCCCCAAAGGGCUUCGUAGCUAUGGCCACUUCUCUGAAGCAUGCGGAACAGGAUCCUGAAGUACAGAGCGAAACCAAGUCGCCCGAAAAUCACUGGACAGGACGUCUGUAUCAUGUAGGAUUGACAAUAUGUCAUCAUGCACAGAACUAUACAGGUGUCGGCAUCGUGUGCUCCGUUGCAUACUUUGACCCAGGGAGUUGGGGCGUCGAUCUUCAGGCGGGAUCUCAAUAUGGGUAUAAACUUCUCUUUGUUGUUCUUUUGGCAGGCUUGUUCGCUGCUUUUCUUCAAGUUCUUGCAUGUCGGCUCGGUGUGGUCACCGGUCUUGAUCUUGCAUCCCACUGUCGCGUUCUUUUGCACAACCGACCACGCCAUACGAAACUUUGGCGAUGGGGAGCCCUGUAUCCACUUUAUGCCCUCUCCGAGAUAGCCAUCGUCAGUACCGAUCUUAGUGAGCUCCUUGGCUCCGCAACAGCACUUUCUCUACUCUUUCCAGCCCUUCCACUCUGGGCUGGUGUUCUGAUUACUGGAGCCGACGUCUUAUUGAUACUUGCCCUCGGCAACCCUCUUCGCGAUAGACCAGUGAAGAUAUUUGAAUGGAUCAUCGCUGCACUGGUGUUCGCUGUGCUCAUCUGUAUUGCAAUCAUUAUCGCGAAGAUCAAUGUCGUCUGGGGUCAAGCCUUCGAUGGAUUCGUUCCUUCUCAGGCACUCUUUAUCAAUGGCGCUCUUUAUACAUUCUCUCCGCUUUCCGACAAGAUUUUGGAAGGAGAAUUAGCAGGGGUCGCAUCAAGACGCAAGCGCCUACGAUGCUUGGGACAAGCGUUCUUGCGAAAUUGCAGAUCCUCGUUCAUAGUAUCUCGUGCCGAAUUAGACGAGCUGAAUGCCCGUCCGACGUCUCAUGAAGGGAGAGAGAAUAAUGCCUUAGAAUUCGUGCAAUCCCACCUGUAUCACGGCAUGGUCGAUGUGGUCUCCAGUCUGCUGGGCUUCGCCGUCAUCAUCAAUGCACUUAUUCUAAUCCUAGCCAGUGCCGUCUUUUACUACGGAUCAGGGGCUUAUGGCUCUGAAUCUCCUGCUAGCUUGUUCGAUACGCACAGUCUCAUCAACGACACGAUUGGCAAAGCUGCUGCAUUAAUAUUCGCGCUCGCCCUCCUUGCAUCGGGCCAAAGUGCUUCUAUUGUUGCCACUGUAGCAGGGCAAAGCGUCUCGGAAGGAUUCCUGAACUGGAAAGUCUCGCCCGUCGUACGGCGCCUCGCGACGCGCCUACUGGGUUUGAUACCUUCUAUGACUGUUGCCAUCGUCGUUGGACCAAGCGGCAUCAGCUUCUUGCUUGUCGCAAGUCAGGUCAUCCUGUCAAUAGUCCUCCCGUUCAUCACCUUUCCGCUGAUAUACCUCACCUCAUCGUCGCGCAUCAUGCGAGUGCGUAAAACGUCUUCAAGCCACAAGGAUAUCAGUCCACUCGACAACCUAGAAGUUUCCUCCCUCCCUGCGGUCACAUCAGUACAUUCUGACCCGGAGAUAAUUCAGAAAGAGGACUUUGUGGACUUCAGCAGUGGGAAGCUCAUGACGUCGCUCGGGUGCCUUAUAUGGCUUGUGAUUGUGGUAGCCAAUGUCUAUGUGCUUGUAACUUUAGGAAUGGGGCAAGGUGGGUGA